AUGAAUGAUAGUGAAGAAGAUGAGGACGACGAAGAAGAUAGGAAUAAACGAAAAAAAAAGAAAUUUUUCGGAAAAACGUUUAUUAUCCAUGAAGCUGAUAUUGAUGAAGAAGAAGAUGCACCUGAAGAAGAUGAGGAUGAUCAAAUUCCAGAUGAAAUAACUCAACAAUGUUUAUUACCUGAUGUCAAAUCAUCGAAUCUUUGGCCUGUUAAAUGUCGAAUUGGAGAAGAAAACCAAACAGCUUUAUUACUGAUGAGAAAAUAUCUUCCUUUGAAAAAUAAUGAAAAAGCAUUGCAAAUAAAAUCUGUCGUUGUAAAAGAAGGUGAUUGUAGUUAUAUUUAUAUUGAAGCAUUUAAAUCUAAUCAUGUCAAAGCAGCAUGUGAAGAUAUUCGUUCAUUAAAUAUUUCAAAUCUUCAAAUGGUUUCAAUAAAAAAAAUGACUGAUAUACUUCGUGUUAUUAACACAACAUAUGGAAUAAAAAAAUGGAUUAUGGAUACGUGUUAA